AUACACAUGAUUGGAUAUUUUUAUUCUUUUCUUGGUAUCUAAUAAAUUCAAAAGAGAAUAAUCAAUAAUUAUCUUCAGUUUUAUUAAUUUUCUUUCGCAGCCAAAGUUUAAAUGUAACAUUUGUUUAGAGACUAUAUCUAGUGACGUCACUCGCGAACUAAUAUGAUGUUGGUAGUUGUUGUUGUUUGUCCCAAAUUCUGAGGAGAAAGUUGAAAAACUUGGAACUCAAUCUUGCUGAUUUAUGACGGAUAACGAAAGCUGCAAGCAUUCUUCAACUAAGGAAUAAAGUCAGAAAGGCGUUGGGCCGGGCACCAAAAAUGGCGACUAUAGGGGAGCAGGUCCCGAUCAGUAGUCACACAUUGGAUAAAGCCACGAAGGCCAAGAUAACACUCGAAACAUACUAUAGUAACUUGAUAUCUCAGGCUGAGGAGAGAGAAAACAGAUAUCGUCUCCUGGAACAGUCUAUGGAUGAUGAAGGAUUAACAGAUGAUCAGAAAAAAGACAGACGCAUACAACAUGCAACCAAAGAAACAGAAUUCCUUCGCUUGAAGCGGUCACGGUUAGGUAUUGAAGAUUUCGAGGCUUUAAAAGUCAUUGGAAAAGGUGCUUUUGGAGAGGUACGAUUAGUGCAAAAGAAGGACACAGGUCAUGUAUAUGCCAUGAAGAUCCUACGUAAGGAGGACAUGUUGGAGAAGGAACAAGUUGCUCAUGUAAGAGCAGAGAGAGACAUUCUUGUAGAGGCUGACCACAUGUGGGUUGUGAAAAUGUACUACUCGUUCCAAGAUGUACAGAAUCUAUACCUCAUAAUGGAGUUCCUACCAGGAGGAGACAUGAUGACCCUCCUGAUGAAAAAAGACACACUAUCAGAAGAAGCGACUCAGUUCUAUGUUGCUGAGUCAAUACUUGCAAUAGAUUCCAUCCACAGACUUGGUUUUAUACAUAGAGAUAUAAAACCAGAUAAUCUGUUAUUAGAUUCAAAAGGACAUAUAAAGCUCUCAGAUUUUGGGCUAUGUACAGGUUUAAAAAAGUCACAUAGGACAGAAUUCUACAAAGAUCUUUCUCAGGCCAAACCAAUAGACUUCACAGCUCAGGCCACAGUGUCAUCAAAUCCCAUGGACUCCAAGAGGAAGGCAGAGAGUUGGAAGAAAAAUAGGAGAGCCCUGGCAUAUUCCACAGUAGGGACUCCAGAUUAUAUUGCACCAGAGGUGUUUUUAAAAACUGGUUAUACAGAGUCAUGUGACUGGUGGUCACUGGGGGUCAUCAUGUAUGAGAUGCUUAUAGGUUACCCUCCAUUCUGCUCUGAAAGCCCACAGGAAACAUACAGAAAAGUAAUGAACUGGCAGGAUACAUUGAUCUUUCCACCAGAGGUACCCAUUUCAACAGAGGCUAGAGAUUUAAUACAGAAGUUUUGCUGUGAUAUGGAACACAGGAUUGGUGCUAGAGGCGUAGAUGAAAUAAAGUCACAUCCAUUCUUUAAACAUAUAGACUGGGAACAUAUAAGGGAUCGACCUGCAGUAGUACAUGUAAAUGUCAAAAGUAUAGAUGAUACUUCAAACUUUGAUGAAUUCCCUGAAGUAGAUUUAAAACCCCCCUCCCCAUAUCAGCAUACACAAUCUGAGGAAAAUAAAGUGAAUGACUGGGUAUUUAUAAACUAUACAUUCAAACGUUUCGAAGGCCUAACUCAGCGAGGGGUGCUAAGGCCACAGAUUCCUAUGUCAAAAAGCUAGGCAAUUAUUUUUACGACAUGUACAUAGCUCAAUUUGUUGAAUGGGAGGACUAAUGUGGAAUUAGGUGAAAAAAAGUAUAUUCUUCUGGUGUCAUAGGCUUUUUAUGUGAUAAACAUUUCAUAGAGUGGUUGGGAACCACAAUUUUAAAAACGUACCCUGAUAUGGGAUCAUGUGAAUUGUUACAUAAUGUUCAUUCCUCAGCCAUACAUUUGGAUCAUGGAUUAAUGUCAUACAUAUAAUAUAUCACAGAGGAAGUCAUACUUCUAUCAUAUAGGAGCAGUAUUUGAAACAUUAUUACAUACCUCAGGCAGGACAACAAAAUCAACAUGACAAAUAGAGCCUAAAUGGAUGUCAAAUAAAGCCUAAAUAGAUGGCAGUUCAGCCAAAAUGAAUGACAAAUAAAGCCUAAGCCGAUAUAUGGAUGUAUAUUGAAUACAAUUUUUCACAGACAUGAUACAUUUUUGUGACAUAAUUUGAGGAGUAAUACAAGACCUCCCAAUGUGAAAACUGUACACCAAAAUUCGAUAGCCAUAUUGCCAAGGAUAAAUGAAGGAGAAUCUGAAUAUCAUCAAUAUUUGGAGACUGGAUUCAAUUUGCCAAAUGUCAAAGAAGUGGAUUAUUUAUUGCCUCAUAGGUGUAACUCAGAAACUGUACCUUGGUGUACAAUGUGAAUACAUCGGAGAUUUUACUGGAUAUUUCCUUUGGCUUCUUGAUUUAAAAAACUCAUUCUGUUAUUUAUUAAGAGUAGGCAUCUUUGUCGUAUUUGGCUUUAUCUGUGACAUGUGAAACCAGCAUGUGAAACCUCAUUUUAUCAAGCAAUCAAUGUACAAGUGGCGCUGCAGUAUAUUUCCCUGCCACAAAGUAUUUAAAUAUGACUUAUGAGACAUUUCACAUUUUAAGCCAAUCACAAAACUGUAAAUAACUAUUUGUAUAUUGUGUAGAAUAGUCUAUUAUUAAGGCUAUCGGUCAAUUUUCCAAUCUCUGUCAAAUGAUGCCAUUCAUUUUGUUAAUCAGGGUGCAAUAUAUGUCAUAAAGAGAUUUGUUUGAAAUCAACAU